CGCUUGGACUCGAUAUGGGUUGCUCCUGCUAAGUGUAGUUUAACACCUCCACAAAACCAGGAAAAGCAUAUUUACAUCAAGUUCAGGUUAUUUUAAUCGCCAACAUGAAAUUUCCUCGUGGAAGUAGUCGUGUUUGCCGGUUUACAUCGGUUGUAUUCACCCGUGGAGCUGUAAUUGAGACAGAAGAGGAAUACAGUUACAGUCGCUCGGAUGGACAAGUGUAUCCGAUGGAUAAAAGUGGAUUUAAAAUCUAAGAAACGGGAUACUUCCGGUCUUUGGAUGAAAGUUGCGGUUUUGAAGGGUCUCAGCUUGGCUUCAACCAUCUGAUGGAAGUCUUCACGGAGUAUGCCUAUAAUGAAAGCUUCUUUGAAAAUGGAUCCCGGGGCUUCAAUGGCACGGAACAAGGGAGGCGGCACCAGUACAAUUAUUAUGCCAUGCUUCUCACACUGCUCAUUUUUGUCAUUGUCUUCGGCAACGUGCUUGUGUGUAUGGCCGUCUCGAGGGAGAAAGCCCUGCAGACCACUACCAACUACUUGAUAGUCAGCCUGGCUGUGGCUGAUCUGCUAGUUGCCACACUCGUAAUGCCAUGGGUGGUUUACCUUGAGGUGGUGGGAGAGUGGCGGUUCAGCACAAUCCAUUGUGACAUCUUUGUCACCCUGGACGUGAUGAUGUGUACAGCGAGCAUACUCAAUCUAUGUGCCAUCAGUAUUGACAGGUACACAGCUGUAGCCAUGCCUAUGUUGUACAACACACGCUACAGCUCCAAGAGGAGGGUCACAGUCAUGAUUUCUGUUGUCUGGAUUCUGUCUUUUGCAAUAUCAUGUCCACUGCUGCUUGGACUCAAUAAUACUGUCACUCAUGACGAUGCUCUGUGUGUGAUCGCAAACCCUGCCUUUGUAGUGUACUCCUCUAUUGUAUCAUUCUACGUUCCUUUCAUCAUAACACUGCUAGUAUACGUGCAGAUCUACGUGGUACUGCGAAAGAGACGGAAACGUGUCAACACCAAACGCACAUGUCCAGUUACGGACAUGGAUAUGAGCUUGACUUUAAAGAAAUGCACCCACCCUGAUGAUGUGAAACUCUGCACUGUGAUCGUCAAGUCCAGUGGGAAUUUUCCUGUGAACAACAAAAACGUGAUCUUCAUAAAGGAGGUGGUAAACAAUGGCGAUGACAUCCAAAUGGAUGAAAUGACAAACUUAAACCCUGCGAGACAGAGGAAGCAGGAUCAGUCUGGUACAAGUCAACAACACAGCAGGCUGGUUAACUCUAAUCUAAGAGAGACUGACAUAUCACCUGAAGCUGGUGUCAAACCUGAAAGAAAUGGCAACACCAGCAAUAUCACAAAAGGGGCCAAAGCAUUUGAGAUCCAGGUCUCCCCCACCGGCAAAACACAGACAUCGGUCAAGACUCUUAACAAACGCAAAAUCUCCCAGCAGAAGGAGAAGAAGGCUACUCAAAUGUUAGCUAUUGUCCUUGGUGUAUUUAUCAUCUGCUGGCUGCCGUUCUUCAUCACGCACAUUGUGAACACCUACUGCCAAGUCCCUCCUGAACUCUACACUGCCUUUACGUGGCUGGGCUACGUGAACAGUGCCGUAAAUCCCAUCAUAUACACCACUUUCAACAUUGAGUUUCGCAAAGCUUUCAUUAAGAUUUUACACUGUUGAAAGAGAACUCGCUUCACCGGAGCAGAAGGGAUAGAAAUGAUACCUCAUCUGCAGUGGACACACUGUAAAACUUCAAAUAAAGAUUUUAAAUUGGAUCCCAAGUGGAUCUAACUGGGGG